CAGUCACCCCAAGAGACACCAAAGUUGAAAGUUUGGAGGUUUUAUUCUUUUAAUUUUUUUUUUUUCUUUCUUUCUUUUGCUCUGUUUCCUUUUUACCCUGCGGGUCACUACCAUGGUCAGAAAGGCUGUGGCAUCCACCAUCUCCAAUGGGGGUUACCUGCAGGGCAGUGUUAACACGAGGCUGUCUUCCCUGGGUGGCAAGGAGCCACCUGGGCGGGAGAAAGUUGUGCUGAAGAGGAAGAUCAGUCUGUUGAGAGGGAUCUCCAUCAUCAUCGGCACCAUCAUCGGAGCAGGAAUCUUCAUCUCUCCUAAGGGCGUGCUCCAGAACACGGGCAGCGUGGGCUUGUCCCUGGUUGUCUGGACGGUCUGCGGGGUCCUGUCACUGUUUGGAGCCUUGUCCUAUGCUGAACUGGGAACAACUAUAAAGAAAUCUGGUGGUCAUUACACAUACAUUCUGGAAGUCUUUGGCCCGUUACCAGCUUUUGUGCGAGUCUGGGUAGAACUGCUCAUUAUACGCCCUGCAGCCACUGCUGUGAUAUCUCUGGCCUUUGGACGGUACAUUCUGGAACCAUUUUUCAUUCAGUGUGAAAUUCCUGAACUUGCAGUCAAGCUCAUUACAGCUGUGGGCAUAACUGCGGUGAUGGUCCUAAAUAGCAUGAGUGUCAGCUGGAGUGCCCGGAUCCAGAUUUUCCUAACCUUCUGCAAGCUCACAGCAAUUCUGAUAAUUAUAGUCCCUGGAGUGAUGCAGUUAAUUAAAGGGCAAACACAACACUUUAAAGAUGCCUUUUCAGGAAGAGAUGCAAGUAUUAUGGGAUUGCCACUGGCUUUUUAUUAUGGAAUGUAUGCAUACGCUGGCUGGUUUUAUCUCAACUUUGUUACUGAAGAAGUGGAAAAUCCUGAAAAAACCAUCCCCCUUGCGAUAUGUAUAUCCAUGGCCGUCGUCACCAUUGGCUAUGUGCUAACAAAUGUGGCCUACUUUACGACCAUUAGUGCCGAGGAGCUGUUGCUUUCAGAGGCCGUGGCAGUGACUUUUUCUGAGCGGCUCCUGGGAAAUUUCUCAGUAGCAGUUCCAAUCUUUGUUGCCCUCUCCUGCUUUGGUUCCAUGAAUGGUGGUGUGUUUGCUGUCUCCAGGUUAUUCUAUGUUGCAUCUCGGGAGGGUCACCUUCCGGAAAUUCUCUCCAUGAUUCACAUCCGCAAGCACACUCCUCUGCCAGCUGUUAUUGUUUUGCACCCUUUGACGAUGGUAAUGCUCUUCUCCGGGGACCUCUACAGUCUUUUGAAUUUCCUCAGUUUUGCCAGAUGGCUUUUUAUUGGGCUGGCGGUUGCCGGGCUGAUUUAUCUUCGAUACAAACGCCCAGAUAUGCAUCGUCCUUUCAAGGUGCCGCUCUUCAUCCCGGCUUUGUUUUCCUUCACGUGUCUCUUCAUGGUCGCCCUUUCCCUUUAUUCAGACCCAUUUAGUACAGGGAUUGGCUUCGUCAUCACUCUGACCGGGGUCCCUGCCUACUAUCUCUUUAUUAUAUGGGACAAGAAACCCAGGUGGUUUAGAAGAAUGUCAGACAUUACAACCAGAACAUUACAAAUAAUACUGGAAGUCGUACCAGAAGAAGAUUGUCAUAAAUUAUAAAUCAAUACAUUUGAAGUCCUGGCAAUUUAUCCUUGGCUUUGUUUCUGCCCAAAGGGCUGAAACAAAAAAUGGAUCUUCUAAGAAAUUUAGUUAUUACUCCAUGUGGUUAUAGAACGCUGAUAUGCAAUUAUACCAUAAGUUCACAUGAUCAUUGAG